AUGAAGUUCAACAUCGCAAAUCCGACUACUGGAUGCCAGAAGAAGCUCGAGAUCGAUGACGACCAGAAGCUCCGUGCUUUUUAUGACAAGAGGCUCUCUCAGGAAGUUAGCGGAGAUGCUCUUGGCGAGGAAUUCAAGGGGUAUGUGUUCAAGAUCAUGGGAGGAUGUGACAAGCAAGGUUUCCCAAUGAAACAGGGAGUUCUCACUCCUGGCCGUGUUCGCCUUUUGCUUCACCGAGGUACUCCUUGCUUCAGAGGACACGGAAGGAGGACUGGAGAGAGGAGAAGAAAGUCUGUUCGUGGUUGCAUUGUGAGCCCUGACCUCUCUGUCCUUAACUUGGUCAUUGUGAAGAAGGGUGAGAGCGAUCUUCCCGGGCUUACGGACACCGAGAAGCCAAGGAUGAGAGGUCCCAAGAGGGCAUCAAAGAUCCGCAAGCUGUUCAACCUUGGAAAGGAAGAUGAUGUGAGGAAGUAUGUCAACACAUACCGCCGCACCUUCACAAACAAGAAGGGCAAGAAGGUUAGCAAGGCUCCUAAGAUCCAGAGGCUUGUGACUCCAUUGACUCUCCAGAGGAAGAGAGCUAGAAUUGCUGACAAGAAGAAGAGAAUGGCCAAGGCCAACUCUGAUGCAGCUGACUACCAGAAGCUCCUUGCCUCCAGACUUAAGGAACAGCGUGAUCGCCGUAGCGAGAGUUUGGCCAAGAAGAGGUCUAGACUCUCUUCUGCUCCUGCUAAGCCUGUUGCUGCCUAA